UACAAUAACUCAAUUGUCAUCGAAUGUAUCCUGACACACACAUACACAUAACAAUAGAUCAACAUUGGCAUCCCGAUCAUCAUCCUCAUCAUUUUUCAAGUUAUAUCCAUAGUAACAUUUACUAUUUUGUUUUGUUUUGAGGAAACAAACAUUCAAAACUUGUUGUCAAAAUCUUUGUGUUUUUCUUUCUAUUUCUCUCUAUCGAUUGUGUGUGUGUCUUAGAUAAACAAACAAAACAAAAUCAAAAUGAAAAUAUUAAUGCGAACAAUCAUAUUAUUCAUAUUACAAUUAAUAUUAUGGAUUCUUAAUAUUUAUCAAAAAAUUUUCAUAGAUAUUCCGAAUCAAAUUUCGAAAACCGAGCCAUGUGAUACGACAAUAUCCAGUAACAACGAUGAUGAUAAAAAAGAUGUGGUGAAUGAUGAUGAUGAUGAUGAUGAAAUUGAAGAAAAAAUUUCCAAAAAUAAGGCAAUAAAGCAAUCAUCGAUUGAAAGCAAAUCAAUAAUUGAUUGUGACAUUUUAAUAUCACCAGAAGAAUUGAUCAACAACAACAACAACAACGAUGAUGAUGAUAAUAUUGAAGACAAUGAAAUGGCUUCGAUCACCACCAACAACUUAGUUCAAAAUGAUGAUCAUCAAGUUGAAAAAUCAUCAAUAUCAACACCACCAUCAUCUAGUCUACAUAGAUUAUGUAAUAUGUUUCAGGAUAUGAUUGAUCAAUUAAAAAAAACUGAAAUUCAUGAUUCGGAACUAUUAAAUGACAAUAAUAACAUAAUUGAUGAUUAUGAUAAUGAUAAUAAUGAUGUUAAACAAACAUUUCUACAUCCAAUAUCCUAUGAUGAUGACCAUGAUAUGGAUGAUGAUGAUGAUUUUGACCAUGAUGAUGAUAAUAAACAAACAAUCAUUGAGCAAUCUGAAUUACAAAAACCAUCCACUAAACAACAAAAACGAAAACGAAUCGUUAGUCCAACCGUAUCAAUUGUUUUACAUGUUUAUCAUCGUUCUGGUAUACGUGGACAUCGUAUGGGAAGAUGUGUUCGUUAUUAUCGUAUCAAAUCAAAAAAUGCAAAACAAUUUAUUCGACAAAUUGAAAUGAAAAUAAUGAAAAAACAACGUAUGACAAAAAGAAAUUUGAUUCCAAAACAACAAUCAAAAUUCGAACAAACAUCGAUUGUUGAUGAAACGAAUUUAGAAAAUCGAAAUAAAAGAUCACAAUCAACAGGUGAUGUAUUGAUUCAUUCACAACUUUGUCGUUUGACAGAUAAUCGUGCACAUAGUUUAACAUUGGAUGAUAUGGAAAUUUUUGAAACAUCCAAACCAAUACAAGAAGAUCAACAAAUUGAACAACAACAACAACAGUUAAACGAUAAUAAUCAAAAACAAAAAGAUACGGAUACUGAUUCUACCGCUGAUAAUGAUAAUGAUGAUGAUAAUUUUUUUCAAACAACAAAUGAUUUGAAUAAAAAACUACCAUUACGAUCAUCAUGGAGACGAAAAAAUUUCUAUAAACGACGUGAAUCAUUAGAUGAAUAUUUACAACGUAAAGUUUUUAAAAUUGACCAAACAAAUAUUGAUCAAUCAUCAUCAUCAUCAUCAACAACAACAACAACAGCAACAUCAUCAUCAUCAUCAUUAAUGAUGGAUAAUAAUCGAAUAUUAAAAUUUCAAUCAAAUAAUCCAUGGUUAAAUUAUAUUAAAACAUGUGGACGAAAAAUUACCUGGCAAUCAUUAACAAAUGAACAGAUUUUAAUGUAUGAAUCAAUGUUUGAAUUGAUUGUAACGGAAAAAUCCUAUCUAGUGCGAUUGGAAAAUUUAAUCAGCCUUUUGAAAAGAAUGCCCGAAUUAGCCGAAAUAUUAUCAUCAUAUGAUCAGAAAAUUUUAUUUGGAAAUCUUCAACCAUUGUUCAAUAUUAAUCAAUCAUUAUAUAAUGAUUUUGCUAGAUCAUUUCAUGAAGAUUGUUUUAUGCAUCAUAUGUUUGUUGUAUUUGAAAAAUAUUUUAAUGAAAAAUUUGAACCAUAUAUUGAAUAUAUACGUGGACAAAAUGAACGUGAUCAAGUAAUGGCAAAUAAAAAAUUAGCAUUAGCUAUACCGAAAGAUAUUAAAAUGAUGCAAUCAUCAUUUAUAACACCAAUGCAACGUAUUACACGUUAUCCAUUAUUAUUGAAAACUAUUUUGGAUCGAAUGAAAAAAUUGGAAACAAAAAAAUCAAAUAAUGAUGAACAACUAAAUGAAUUGAAAAAUAAUGUACAAAAAUGUUUUGAAUCAGCAACAAAAUUUUCAAUGCGUUGUGAUAAUGCAUUAAAUGAAUUGUUUAAAUUACAAAAAUUAAUUGAAUUUCGUAAAAAAUUAACAGGAAAUUUUGCUCAUCUAAAAGAUAAUCUUGUUAUUAGUGGUCGUGAAAUUUAUCGUCAAGCAUCGAUUAAAAUUAUUAAACAUAUUUGUUUAUUAUCGAAUGAUGAAUUUAAAGAUGUCAGAACACAUCAUUCAAUGUUGAUUUUAUUGACUGAUUUAUUGAUGUUGGCCGAUUAUAAACAACGAAAAGAUAAAUACAAAGUAAUUGAAUGUGAACGAUUAGAUCGUGUUGAAUUUAGUUGUGGAUCAUUAGUAACAUCAUUAUCAAAUGAUGAUUCUGGUUCAGCAACAUUGAAUACGAUAAAAUUUUUAAAAUCCAAUCAAACUGAUGUUUAUCAAUUUGUUUUUGCACUCAGUGAUGAACUUGAACAAUUUUUCAAUAAAUUUAAAGAACUCAAAUUCAAUUUAUUAUUGAUCAAUCAACAACAGCUACAACAACCACAACAAUUACAACAACAACAACAACAGCCACAACGAUCAUUAUCAUUACAAUCAACAACCAUAACUGAUGACAGUCAUCGACAAAAUCAUCAACAAAAACCUAAUCAUAAAUUAAUAAUUUCGGAUGAAAAUGGAAAAAUAUCUUGCAAAAAUCUUAUUGUUUGUCCAAUAAAUUCAUUACCAAUAAAUGUUGAAAAUAAUGAAAAUGGUCAUCAUGAUAAUAGUGGUGAUGAUGACAAAGAUGUCAAAGAUAAAAUAUUCAAAGCCAAAUUCAAUGCUUCAUUUUGAUAUAUAAUUUUAUUUUUGUUUCUGACUUUUUUUUUGUUUUGUAAAUAUCAUG